AUGUCAACGACGAACAACCAGUCGGCAAACGGCUAUUCAGGUGGAGGAGGCGGACCUGAAAAUCCUCAACGUAACGAACACAGUGAACCUACUGAAGAAGACGAAUUCGGACGCACAGAAGAAGAGUUUUAUGAAGAUAUGCAGCGAGAAUUAGCAGAUGAUGCUCCAUGGAAAAGAAUACAGCAAAAUACAUUUACACGUUGGGCAAACGAACAUCUCAAAUUGCUCAAUCGACAUAUAGAUGAUCUACAGCUUGAAUUAGGAGAUGGAUUGAAUCUGAUUUCAUUAAUUGAAGUUUUAUCACAGAAGAAAGUUCCACGUUAUAACAAAAGGCCAACUUUACGUCCUCACAAAUUAGAAAAUGUUUCUAUCGUCUUAGAUUUCUUGGAAAAUACUGAACGUAUACGUCUUGUUAAUAUUGAUGCUUCACAUAUUGUUGAUGGAAAAUUAAAACUUAUUCUUGGUUUAAUAUGGACAUUGAUUUUACAUUAUUCGAUUUCGUUACCAAUGUGGGAAUUCGAACAACCCGAUGCACCUGGUUCGGGCAAAGAUGUCACACCCAAACAAAAGUUGAUGAAUUGGGUGCAAGAAAAACUACCACCAGAAUUACCUGUUUCAAAUUUUACAUCGGACUGGAAUGAUGGUCGUGCUAUUGGUGCACUCGUUGACGCAUGCGCACCCGGACUUUAUCCGGAUUGGAAUGAUCGUGAUCCAAAGAAUGCAUUGGAAAAUGCGAAAGAAGCGAUGGAUUUAGCCGAACGAUGGUUAGGUGUGCCACAAUUAGUUGAACCACAUGAAAUGAUUAAUCCGAAAGUUGAUGAACAAUCAAUGAUGACUUACUUAUCACAAUAUCCAAAUGCUAAACUGAAACCAGGAGCACCUAUUCGGCCAAAAACAAAUUCAGCACGUGUUCGAUGUUAUGGCAAAGGUAUUGAACCAACUGGUAAUCAUGUUGAUGCACCAGCUAAGUUUCAUAUCGAAACGUUUGCUGCUGGUAAGGGUACUGUCGAUGUGAUCGUGCUCAAUCCAAGAGGACAAAAAGAAAAAUGCGAUGUGAUUCCUCGAAAUGAUAAAAAUCAAACAUAUGAUUGCACAUAUUAUCCAACGUUGGAAGGACAAUAUAAAGUUAUCGUAAAGUUUGCCGGACAAGAAGUACCUAAGUCUCCGUUUUCACCCUUUAUCGAGGGCAAAUCAGGUGAUGCCAGUCAAUGUCGAGCAAGCGGACCUGGUUUGGAGCCCAACGGUGUGAUGGUCGAUAAGCCAACCUGGUUUGAAAUUGAUGCUACAAAUGCUGGUAAUGGUCUUGCAGAAGUGGCUGUUGUCGAUCCACAUAAUCGAGAGAACGCCGUUCCUGUAUCAGUCAAACAAACAAGUCCAGGCAAAUUCCGUUGCGAAUAUGUACCACGCGAGCCUGGUCUUCAUUCAGUCAAUGUAUUCUUUGCUGACCGGCCUAUACCACGUAGUCCAUUUGGUGUCAACGUCUCCCCAUCAUCUGAUGCCAAGAAAUGUCGGGCCUAUGGAAGAGGUAUUCAACCAAAAGGUGUUCGCACUGGUGAUGUAGCAGAAUUUCGUGUUAUUACCAAAGAUGCUGGAGAAGGCGUUAUGAAAGCAACUGUCACUGGACCAGAUGGUUCGGAAAUACCCUGUCGUGUUACUAAAGUAAAUAGUACAACGUACGAGUGCGGUUAUGUACCAAAUCGUGCAGGGCCUCAUACAGUGAAUAUUACAUAUGGUGGUGCUCAUAUACCUAAGAGUCCGUUUCCUGUAUCGGUCGCACCAUUUAAAGAUACACGAAUUAAAGCAUUCGGACCAGGUCUCGAAGGUGGUAUUGUCGGUUGUGCAGCAGAUUUCGUUGUUGAAACGAAUGGUGAAACAGGUUCAUUAGGUUUUUCAAUCGAAGGACCAUCUCAAGCACGUAUUGAAUGUAAUGAUAAUGGUGAUGGUUCAGCAAACGUUCGUUAUUGGCCAACCAUUCCAGGUGAAUAUGCAGUACAUAUUUUAUGUAAUGAUGAAGAUAUACCACAUUCACCAUUCAUGGCUUGGAUUGAACCACCUGGAAGCUUCGAUUCGAAUAAAGUCAAAGCUUACGGUCCUGGUCUUGAACCAGCCGGACAGAUAAUCAAUAAGCCAACAGAGUUUACUGUUGAUACACACAAUGCCGGCGAUGCUCCUUUACAUGUACAAGCUAUCGAUCAAGACUAUCAGCCAGUUGAUGUUCAUGUACGCGAUAAUGGUAACGGCACUUAUACAUGUCGCUAUACACCGACAAAUCCCAAUCGUCAUUGUAUUCUUAUUGAUUAUGGUGGUGUAGCUAUUCCAAACAGUCCAUUUAGAGUUUGGCCUACUGAACCUUCGAAUCCAUCGAAGGUACGUGUUUAUGGUCCAGGUGUUGAGCGUGGCGUAAAAAUGAAUAAUCCAACUCAUUUUACUGUUGACUGUAAGGAAGCUGGACCAGUCAUUCCUACUAAAUUCAACCAUCGUUUUCGCUCACUUGAUUCUCUCGAUAUUGACACGUGUGACAACGAUAUCAUUCCAUACAAGAUCAAUAUUCAAGAUCUAGAUAAUCAACAACAGUAUGCAUUAGCGAUACAAAAUGAUGAUAAACAUCAUGGAUUACAUGCUACAUACAGACCGAAAGCACGCGUAACACUUGUGAAUGUUGCUGUUGUUUGGUAG